AUGACCCACCACGCGCUGGGCUGCUGCUACCCACGGAUGGAGCCCUGGGCGGACACGCUGCGGCGGCUGCGGGAGACGGUCAGCUCGGGACGGACGCGGCCGGCCGAGUUCCGGAAGGCGCAGCUGCGGGGUCUGGAGCGGUUCCUGCGGGAGAACCACGAGCUGCUGCAGGAGGCUUUGACCGGCGACCUGCGCAGGCUGGACUUCGAGACCGACAUUUCCGAGCUGAUCCUGUGUCAGAACGAGGUGGACUUGGCGCUGCGGCAGCUGGACGCCUGGAUGAAGGAUGAGCCGGUGUCCAGGAACGUGCUUCUGCUGCUCAGCUCCACCUUCGUCCGCAAGGAGCCCUACGGCCUGGUGCUCAUCAUGGCACCCUGGAACUACCCGGUCAACCUCACCCUGAUGCCCCUGGUGGGCGCGCUGGCCGCAGGCAACUGCGUGGUCCUGAAGCCGUCGGAGAUCAGCACGAGCGUCCAGAAGGUCCUGGCCACGGUGCUACCCCGCUACCUGGACCCGAGCUGCUUCGCCGUGGUGCAGGGGGGGCCGGAGGAGUCAGCCCGGCUGUUGGAGCACAAGUUCGACUACAUCUUCUUCACGGGGAGCCAGCAGGUGGGCCGGCUGGUCAUGAGCGCGGCCGCCAAGCACCUCACCCCCGUGACGCUGGAGCUGGGGGGCAAGAACCCCUGCUACGUGGACGACGACUGCGACCCCCAGACCGUGGCCAACCGCGUGGCCUUCUUCCGCUUCUUCAACAUGGGCCAGACGUGCGUGGCGCCCGACUACGUGCUCUGCAGCCCCGAGAUGCGCGCGCGCCUGCUGCCCGCCCUACAGUGCUCCAUCAAGCGCUUCUACGGUGCCGACCCGCAGGGGUCCCCCUACCUGUGCCGCAUCGUCAGCGACAGGCACUUCCAGCGGCUGCGGCGGCUGCUGGGCUGCGGCCGCGUGGCCAUCGGCGGCCAGACGGACGAGCAGGACCGCUACAUCGCCCCCACGGUGCUGGUGGACGUGCAGGAGACUGAGCCGGUGAUGCAGGAGGAGAUCUUCGGGCCCAUCCUGCCCAUCCUGACGGUGGGCAGCCUGAGCGAGGCCAUCGAGUUCAUGCAGAGGCGGGAGAAGCCCCUGGCCCUGUACGCCUUCUCCAGCAACCGCCAGGUGGUGAACCAGUUGCUGAGUCAGACCAGCAGUGGCAUCUUCGCCAGCAACGAUGGCUUCACCUUCCUGACUCUAUCCUCCAUGCCCCUGGGAGGCAUCGGCAACAGCGGCAUGGGCAAGUACCACGGGAAGUUCACCUUCGACACCUUCUCCCACCACCGCUCCUGCGUGCUCUCCCCCGCCCACCUCGAGCUGCUGAACUAUCUCCACUACCCGCCCUACAGGGGCUGGUCCCGGCGCCUGAUCACCUGGGGCCUGGGCUCGCACAGCUGCACCCUCCUGUGA